AUGUCUCAACAAAGAAGCAAGGCAAAAUCAAUACCCAUCCUUGAAAAACCUCCAAAUGCCCUUAGCGAUUCAUCAAAAAUUUCUCAAGAUCUUUUCAAUUUCGGGAACCAGAGUUCUACUAGCACUUAUCUAUCUCCAAAUUACCAAGAAACCAGAGUCGAAGUUAACUCUUGCCCCAAUCAAAAUAGGCCAUUCCAGUCUUGGCAAACUUCAAAUAGCAGCAUUAAGUAUUAUAAUUAUAGAAAAAGAGGCCAAAUUGCUAGAAAUUGUCUUGCUGAACAAUGCCAAAAUACCGGGAGACCUCUGAUGAAUUCAAAUGGUAAUAUGUCACAGCCAAGAAAUGUUAACCUAUGUGACAUCUAUACACGAGAGACAGAAGAUGAGUUAUAUGCUAUCAAGCAUCGAGAAAGACCCAAAAAUGAACCUAAUUGGGAUGAAAGAUUAAGAAAAAGAGUUAUCUCUGAACCAAACCAGAUGACUCAGCAACCAACCUAG